CAUACUCGAGAGCGUACAAAAUUGUCCGGCUGCGCUCGGCCUUCCCACGCUCGCAUCACUCAUCGAAAGCACUCUGUUUUUCAGGCAUUUCAUCAAACACUACAAGCGCGUGGCUCCCAAAUCACCAGAAAAAUCCCAAAUAAACCAUCAAUGGUAGCAAGGAGACUUCGAUCUGCAAGCAUUUAAGCACAAGAAGGCAAGGGAUUGAAGGCUGGCCUUGCGGAGAUGGGCUGGGGCUGGGCGAUCUAUGAAGGCACGGUUGCAUCUGGGUCGCUGAUCCUUCUUGGAUGGGCGGGGCUUUGGUUCUUGAAUCGGCAGCUCUACAAAGAGUAUGAGGAGAAGCGCGCUCUAGUCCAGAUCCUCUUCUCCCUCGUCUUCGCCUUCUCCUGCAACCUCUUCCAGCUCGUCCUCUUCGAGAUCCUGCCCGUUCUCUCCAAAGAGGCGAGAUGGAUCAACUGGAAAGUGGAUCUCUUUUGUUUGAUCAUGCUUCUGGUCUUCAUAUUGCCGUAUUAUCAUUGCUAUUUGAUGCUCCGCAAUAGUGGGGUGCGGAGGGAACGAGCUGCACUGGGUGCAAUAUUAUUUUUGCUGGCCUUCCUUUAUGCCUUUUGGCGCAUGGGGAUUCAUUUCCCAAUGCCUUCUCCUGAUAAAGGGUUCUUUACAAUGCCUCAGCUAGUUAGCCGAAUUGGUGUGAUAGGCGUGACUGUAAUGGCUGUGCUUUCUGGAUUUGGUGCUGUCAAUCUCCCUUACAGUUAUUUAUCCCUGUUCAUUAGGGAGAUCGAGGAAACUGAUAUUAAAACUCUGGAGAGACAGCUGAUGCAAUCAAUCGAGACCUGCAUCACAAAGAAAAAGAAAAUCAUAUUGUCCCAAAUGGAGAUGGAGCGAAUUCAAGAUUCAGAAGAGAAGCUAAAAGCGAGAUCUUUCCUGAAACGAAUAGUUGGAACAGUUGUCCGUUCUGUGCAGGAUGAUCAAAAGGAGCAGGACAUCAAAAGCUUGGAAGCAGAGGUGCAGGCGUUGGAAGAGCUCUCAAAGCAGCUUUUUCUAGAAAUAUAUGAACUUCGACAAGCUAAGGAAGCCGCUGCAUAUUCUCGAACAUGGAGAGGGCACCUGCAGAAUUUGUUAGGCUAUGCACUUUCAGUCUACUGUCUCUACAAAAUGAUCAAGUCAUUGCAGAGUGUGGUUUUCAAGCAGGCUGGUUCUGUUGAUCCAGUGACAAUGACUAUCAGUAUAUUCCUUCAGUGGUUUGACAUUGGCAUCAAUGCAGCUGUUCUAUCGCAGUAUAUUUCUUUGCUGUUCAUCGGGAUGCUGAUUGUCAUGUCUGUUCGAGGCUUUCUAACAAACCUCAUGAAGUUCUUCUUUGCUGUCUCUAGAGUUGGGAGUGGAUCAUCCACCAAUGUAGUUCUUUUCCUGUCUGAGAUUAUGGGCAUGUAUUUUGUGUCGACAAUCCUACUGAUAAGGAAAAGUUUAGCAAACGAAUACAGGUUGAUCAUCACAGAUGUUCUUGGCGGCGACAUACAAUUCGAUUUUUAUCAUCGUUGGUUUGAUGCGAUAUUUGUCGCAAGUGCCUUCUUGUCUCUCCUCUUGCUUUCUGCACAUUACACCUCUCGUCAAGCUGAUAAACACCCAAUCGAUUGAUACAUUCUCUUUAUGUAAAUUUAUACUGUUUGUAUAAAUACAGAAAUUUUUUUCUUUAUUCCAUUGUUUGGCAGAUUGCCUCUUCAAACAUUUAAAA